GACCGAUAGCACGGCGGCAAACUGCAGGAGUUCGAAUAUCAGCGUUCGAUGGCGGUCGGUGUCUUCCUCCGUGCAGACGCUGUGGAUGGGAAGGUUGGCCUCCGAAGAGCAUCCAACACAUGCAUUCGAUUGGAGCCAAGUGCCAUGUCACCCGGGGUCGCCAGCAUCAAUUUCGAUGCUGUUGUGGAAGCGCCGAAUCCAACCGAUGAAUUAUUCCAUCAAGUCGUGAAGCCGUGCCUGCCAAUCGUGUGCGGCGGGCGGGACGUGUCUGUGAUUGCAGCCGGGUGUAGCGCAUCCGGCAAGUCGCACAUGAUGCGUGGCGGUACGUCGACUGUGGGGAUGGUGGAACGAUGCCUUGAAGCCAUGUUCGACCUCGUCCAUGAUGCUUCAAAGCAAGACGCCUCGAGGCUCACUUACAUUGAGAUGGGCUGCUUGUGGGUGCAAGAUACAAGCGAUACCAACGCAGCGACUGCGCUUCAAGCGGUUCGGACAUUAAACGACGCGUUGCAACUGUAUGAGGCGCACCAGCGAGCCAUGGUCGCUACCAAUGCGCACAGCGCCGUGCUUUGUCGUGUCCACUCUUCCUACCAACACACUGUCGUGGUGGGUUCCUUGGCUCUGGUUGAUGUCAAUGGCGCCUCUUCCAUGGUUGCGCUGCCAUGUGACCCCCCUUCGUCGACUGCCAACAACUUGGAAUUGGUCAUCCCCCACAGCUCAGCGUUGACUUGGUGGCACAGCACCUACAUGGGCUCUUCGUACGUUCCAUGUCUACUCCUUGGCCUUCGCACGCACGCAUCAUGCCAGCAGCAAGUAUGUAGCGGACAUGUACUAGUUGUGAACUUUAUCCUGGCCUAUUUGCAGGUGAUUCAAUCGUUGUUGUACGCUUGCCGAGUCAAAGAUAUAGCGACGAGGCAAAAGCCCUGUGUCGUGACGCUCAAGGCAGAUACUGGGCGGACAUCACCUCUGUCCAAAAUCAUGAUGCACUUGACACGAUCUGCCACACCCGAAUCCCCAUGCUCACCCGCAUCCAAACGCUUCUUAAACAAGUAUUUGCCUCACGUGAUUUGUGCCAAUCCAAGCGCAUUGGCCAUGGAUAGAAGGUGCAUGUGGCCCCCAGAGAUGCUGAAUACAACAUUUCAGCCUGACCACACAUCGCCAUUGUCCCCUGUGAUGACCACGUCAUCCGACGACAGCGACGACGAGUCUGAACAGGUCGUGACGACAUCUCAGCUCCCAACUAAGCGCUCUCUGGACGCAGCCCUCAAGGCUCUGGCGGCGGAGAAGGCAUUGACACUGCGCUGUGCCGUGCGCAUCUCCCAACUGAACGACAUGAUCAAGUUUCAGCGCGCCGCGCAAGAAAAAGCCGACGCGGACGCGCGGGCGGCCGACAAACGACUGGCGGACAGCGAGCACAAGUUGAAACUCGUGCAAUUGAUGGCCAAUCAAGUGCAAACGGAUGUGACAGCGCUCAAACAGCGGCAGGACGUGGUCCCAUCCCUCUAUCCAAGUGAACACAACACCCUGACGAUGUCGCAAUUUUCGUCUCGGCUGACCAAAGUGAUUGACGAAACCAAACAAGUGGUGGCCAUGAAGGACCAGUACAUUGCCCAGCUGGAGCAAAAAGUCCAGGACGGCGCGGCGCUUCUGGCGACCGCGGAGGCGGCUGCCGAGAACGAACGGGCCGCUCGAGUCUCCACCGCCUCGGAAUUGGAGGUCACGGCCGCGCAGCUGUACGAGGCGCGGCGCCAACUGGCCGACCAAGUGGCUGAGAACAGCUCGCUCACGUCGGCGAUUGAAGCCUCAAAGCUCGAGGCGGCGGCGAGGAUGCAACAAGUCCAAGCGCAGCACCGCCGAGCCGUCCACGUCUUGGAGGAAAAGGUGGCAGAGCAGAGCCAGGUGGUGCAUCGCUUGAAGCGCCAGUGCGACGAAGUCGUGGCUGCCGAAGGGAUCCGGUGGCAAGCAAAGAUAGAUGCACUGCGUUCGGAACAGGCGGACAAGGAGCAGAGUCGGGCUGCGGACAAGGAGCAGACGGAGACGCUCAUGGCACAACAUGCAGCGGCCCUUGAUGCCCUGACCAACGAUGUAGCUAGUUGGGAAACGAAAUACCGCGACGUCGUACAGAUGAAAGAGGUCGUACAGAGCCAUUUGGAGACUGUGCGACUCGAGUGUGCCCAAUUGCAAACGAAAGUUGCGACACUGCAAGAAGCGUCGGCCGCUCGAUUCUUGCGGGACAUGACUAAUACAAAGGAGACUGUGGACCAGGGAACACAGCAUGAUGAUGCAGGGGAAGAAGCCCCGCCAACGCGUGGCGGACAAGAUACCGCCGCGGAUGCCAUGAUUCAGUCCAUGAUCGCAGAGGUCGAGCAGGCGCGGAAGCGGGACGCGCACCUGUCGCAUGCAUUGGCCAUGGCCAACCGACAUGAACAUGAGGCUAACGUGCGGCUUAGCCACGUGCAGGGCGACUUGCACUCGUGUCGGCGCGAGAAUCUCGAGUUGCUCUGGGUGUUGCACAAACGCGAGCAUUCGUUGCGCGUGUUGGAGCAACGCCAUGCGUUCGUCAUGGAUCGUAGCAACCCAUCGUUGUCCUAGUAGUAGUACACUAGUAGUAGUACUAGUAGUAAUCCACAUCAAGCCAUGUAACAAUAAUUAAUACAAACGUGUGUC